ACGGAAGGAAGUCCAUUCGGCGCCAUAUUUAACACAACAGAUGCUAGUAGGCGUUAGCUGUUUUCGUGCUGAAACUUUAAACCUGACGCAGAAAUCAGUAACAGACUCUCAGAAAAAAAGAGUAAAAUGAAUGUAAUUGAUCAUGUGCGGGAAAUGGCGGCUGCCGGACUCCACUCCAAUGUCCGGAUAUUGAGCAGCUUGUUGCUAACGAUGAGCAAUAACAACCCGGAGUUGCUGUCUCCUGCUCAGAAGUAUCAGCUGUUGGUUUACCACGCUGAUGCCAUUUUCCAUGAUAAGGAAUAUCGCAAUGCUGCCUGCAAAUAUAGCAUGGCUCUGCAGCAGAAGAAGGUGCUCAGCAAAACAUCCAAAGUUCGCACUUCCACAGGUGGAGCCGCAUCCAACAUCCAGGCACAGAGCUUGCCCUCAGAAAUAGAGGUAAAAUACAAGAUAGCUGAAUGUUACACCAUUUUGAAACUGGAUAAAGAUGCCAUUGCUGUGCUUGAUGGGAUCCCAUCCAGACAGAGGACUCCAAAGAUCAACAUGAUGCUGGCUAACCUUUACAGGAAAGCUGGCCAGGAACGCUCUGCUGUGACAAGCUACAAAGAGGUGCUCAGGCAGUGCCCUUUGGCCUUGGACGCAAUAAUUGGGCUUCUUUCUCUGUCGGUUAAAGGAGCUGAAGUGGCGUCCAUGACGAUGGAUGUGAUCCAGAGCAUCCCAAACUUAGACUGGCUAUCUGUUUGGAUCAAAGCGUACGCCUUCAUUCACGCUGGAGACAAUCAAAGAGCCAUUAACACAAUUUGCUCCCUGGAGAAGAAAUCUCUUCUGCGGGACAACGUGGACCUCCUGGUGAGCCUGGCAGAUGUUUAUUUUAGGGCAGGUGACACCAAAAAUGCCAUUCUUAAAUUUGAACAAGCCCAGAUGUUGGACCCUUACCUCAUCAAAGGAAUGGAUGUCUAUGGCUAUCUGAUGGCCCGAGAGGGACAUCUGGAGGACGUCGAGGUCCUUGGGGGUCGAUUAUUUAACAUAUCCGACCAGCACGCUGAGCCCUGGGUGAUCUCUGGCUGUCACAGCUUUUACAGCAAGCGCUACUCCCGGGCCCUCUACCUGGGCGCCAAGGCCAUCCAGCUCAACAGCAACAGCGUGCAGGCGCUCCUGCUGAAGGGGGCCGCGCUCAGGAACAUGGGCCGCGUCCAGGAGGCCAUCAUCCACUUCAGAGAGGCCAUGCGUCUGGCGCCCUGCCGGCUCGACUGCUACGAAGGUCUGAUCGACUGUUAUCUGGCCUCCAACGGCAUCCGAGAGGCCAUGGGGAUGGCCAACAACAUCUACAAGACUCUGGGUGCCAACGCGCAGACUCUCACCAUCCUGGCAACGGUGUGUCUGGAGGACCCGGUCACACAGGAGAAGGCCAAAACCCUGCUGGACAAAGCGCUGGCCCAGAGGCCCGACUACACCAAAGCUGUGGUGAAAAAGGCCGAGUUGCUCAGUCGGGAGCAGAAAUAUGAAGAAGGCAUCACUCUGCUGAGGAACGCCUUGGCCAAUCAGAGCGACUGUGUGCUGCACAGGAUGCUGGGAGAUUUCCUGGUGGCCGUCAACGAUUACCAGGAAGCCAUGGACCAGUAUAGCAUCGCGUUAAGCCUGGAUCCCAACGACCAGAAGUCUUUGGAGGGAAUGCAGAAGAUGGAGAAGGAGGAGAGCCCCACGGACGCCACCGUCGAGCUGGACGGCGACGACAUGGAGGGCAGCGGCGAGGACGGCGACCUGGAGGGCAGCGACAGCGAGGCGGCCCAGUGGGCCGACCAGGAGCAGUGGUUCGGGAUGCAGUGACACAGGACCAGGCCCAGUCUGUGCCUCCCUCUAACACCAGAAGCCUUCAGCCACCAGGGGGUCAGAGGGGACCACGGGGGCCCCCCGAGGCCCGAGCUGACCCCUCCACACACCGCCGGGGGGGCGGCGCCACAGCCACAGCCAGACUGGAGCCCAAACCCAGCGUCUGCUUUAUUUCCAGAUUCUGUCAGCAAAUCAUGAACCGGACUGCAACACGGGCCCCGGGUUUUUAAACGGCCGCCAGACAGAGGUCAGAAGCGCCUCCAGUUCCCUUUUUAUACGAGCCGCUGAAGGUUUUUUCAUCCAGGUGCAGCAGCAGUCGUGAAAUCAUCUCCUUUCUGUCACAGGACUCGACUAAAUAUGAAAGACAAGGCUAUCAUCAAUCCCUUAAGUUGUAAAGUUUUACCAAACGAUCCAAUGUCAGAUGUUUAUAUUUUGUACAUAUUUGAAAAUGUAAAAUAAAACCGUUAACGCUUUCCAGCUGAAACUUAUAAACGAAUCCUCAUUUUUAACCUUUUCAGAGUUUGUCUGCUUUAAUUAAAGGAGACUUUCUGCCAUUUCUUUUAGCAGGUUUAACCAGA